CAAUUAUAUACAGUCCAUUUGAUUUUUAAUAUGAAAAAAUUAUUAUGAAGAUGAGAUUAUAUAUAUAUAUGAACCAGACAGAUUCAAUUAAUCACUUUCAAACAGGAUAAACAACAAUGAUUUCUCAAAGAAAGAGGUUAUCCAGUGGUCUUAGUGUUACUUCCAAAGUAUUCGUGAGAUCACGUAAUGGAGGAGCCCUUAAAAUUGUUAGAGAACAUUAUUUAAGAAAUGAUAUUCCAUGUUAUAGUAAGAGUUGUCAACAUUGUCAUGAUAUAGUUAAAGCUGAUGCUAAAGGUGAAUUACCUACUUUCAUACUUUCUGCCACUCCAGCUAAGCUUAAUUCCCAAGUGGGUCAUUAUGUCGUUCUUGAUACUAAUAUCAUCUUGCAUUGUAUUGAUUUAUUAGAAAAUAUUCAAUGUUUUUACGAUGUCAUUAUUCCUCAAACUGUCUUAGAAGAAGUUAAAAAUAGAUCAAUUCCAAUAUAUCAAAGAUUAAGAGGAUUAGUUAAAUCUGAAGAUAAAGGAUUUGCCGUGUUUCAUAAUGAAUUCAAUGAACAUACUUAUAUUAAUAGAUUAAAAAAUGAAUCUAUAAAUGAUAGAAAUGACCGUGCCAUUAGAAAAGUUGCAUCAUGGUAUAAUACCCAUUUAAAUGAGAAUAAUUCACCCGAAAAGAUUGAAAUCAUCUUACUUUGUAACGAUAGAGAUAAUAGAACCAAGGCUAAAGCUGAAGGUAUCAAUGCUUUAUCAUUAACUGAAUAUAUCGAUUUAUUACCAAAUGCUGAAGAUUUAAGAGAUUUGAUUCCGGCUGAUUCAACUUUAUCUAAUGAAUUAUCAAAUAAGGAAAAUGAAACCACCUUCCCUGAAUUUUAUUCUGAAGCUAGAAUCUUAGCUGGGAUUAGAAACGGUACUUUAUAUCAAGGUAUUUUGAAUAUUUCUCCAUAUAAUAUCUUAGAAGGUUCAGUUAAAGUAGCUGCCUUUAAGAAACCAUUAUUAAUAGUUGGAUCGAAGAAUUUAAACAGAGGUUUUAGUUCUGAUUCAGUCAUUGUUGAAUUAUUACCCAAGGAUAAAUGGAGAGAACCAUCAUCAACCAUUAUUGAAGAAACUACAUUAGGUGCUAAUGAUAAUGCUGAAGAUGCUGAUGAGAAUGGUGACGAUGAUAUAUCAGGCACAAAUGGAGUGGUAUCAGAUAAAGAACGUUUAUUAUUAGCUCAAGAAGCCAUCAGAGCUACUACUGCUGCAUCAGAAGAAAAACGAUUACAACCAGCUGCUAAGAUAGUUGGUAUUACGAGAAGAUCAUGGAGAUAUUAUGUGGGUCAAAUCGCUCCUACAUCAGUGGUGGGAGAGGAUAGUGGUAAUUCGUCAAGAAGUUGUUUUGUAGUAUUGAUGGAUAAAACCUUACCUAAGAUUAGAAUAAGGACAAGAAAAGCUAAAGAAUAUUUAGGUCAAAGAAUAGUGGUAUCGGUUGAUGCUUGGCCUUCCAAUUCUCGUUAUCCAAAUGGUCAUUUCGUUAGAUCAUUAGGAGAGAUUGAAAGUGCUGAAGCUGAAACUGAAGCCUUAUUAUUAGAACAUGAUGUUGAAUAUAGACCAUUUGCUAAGAAUGUGUUGGAUUGUUUACCGGCUGAAGGAGAUAAUUGGGUUGUCCCUGAUCUUAUAAAUACUGAUGAUGCUCAAUUAAAGAAGAGAGUUGAUUUAAGAGAUAAAUUAGUGUGUUCGAUUGAUCCUCCUAAUUGUGUGGAUAUUGAUGAUGCCUUACAUGCUAAAAGAUUACCUAAUGGAAAUUAUGAAGUAGGUGUUCAUAUUGCUGAUGUUACUCAUUUCGUCAAACCUAAUACUGCUUUAGAUCAAGAAGGUGCUUCAAGAGGUACAUCUGUUUAUUUAGUAGAUAAAAGAAUUGAUAUGUUGCCAAUGUUAUUAGGGACCAAUUUAUGUUCUUUAAAACCAUAUGUUGAUAGAUUUGCUUUUUCAGUAAUUUGGGAAUUAGAUGAAGAUGCGAAUAUCGUUAAUGUUAAAUUCAUGAAAUCGGUUAUAAAAUCAAGAGAAGCAUUUUCAUAUGAACGUGCUCAAUUAAGAAUUGAUGAUAAAUCACAAACUGAUGAAUUAACUGAUUCCAUGAGAGUGUUAUUAAAACUUUCUAAGAAAUUAAAACAACAAAGAUUAGAUGCUGGUGCCUUGAAUUUAGCCUCUCCUGAAGUUAAAGUUCAUAUGGAUAGUGAAACCAGUGAUCCAAAUGAAGUUGAAAUUAAAAAAUUAUUAGAAACUAAUUCAUUGGUUGAAGAAUUCAUGUUGUUGGCCAAUAUCUCUGUGGCUAGAAAGAUUUAUGAUGCUUACCCUCAAACUGCCAUGUUAAGAAGACAUGCCUCCCCUCCAGCUACUAAUUUCGAAUUAUUAAAUGAUAUAUUAAAUGCAAGAAGACCAGGUAUGGCCAUAUCAUUAGAAAGUUCUAAAGCAUUAGCUGAUUCAUUAGAUAGAUGUGAAGAUCCUAAUGAUCCAUAUUUCAAUACUUUAUUACGUAUUAUGUCUACCAGAUGUAUGAUGGCUGCUGAAUAUUUCCCAUCUGGGUCAUAUGGAUAUCCUGAAUUCAGACAUUAUGGGUUAGCGGUUGAUAUUUAUACUCAUUUCACGUCGCCAAUCAGAAGAUAUUGUGAUGUGGUGGCUCAUAGACAAUUAGCAGGGGCUAUAGGGUAUGAGAAUUUAGAUUUAAGUCAUAGAGAUAAAAAUAAAAUGGAGCUUAUAGUUAAGAAUAUUAAUAGAAGACAUAGAAAUGCUCAAUUUGCAGGUAGAGCAAGUAUUGAAUAUUAUGUCGGGCAAGUUAUGAGAAAUAAUGAAUCUGUACAUGAGGGUUAUGUUAUUAAAUGUUUUGUUAAUGGUAUUGUUGUACUUGUUCCAAAGUUUGGUAUUGAAGGAUUAAUUAAAUUAGAAUUACUUGGAGAUGUUAAUACAGCUGAUUAUGAUGAAAAUAAGUAUGAACUUAAAUUUACUGAUUUAAAUGGUAAAAAGAGAUCGGUGGCUGUAUUUGAUAAAGUUAUGGUUGAUGUUAAAUCAGUUAAGGAUGAAGUUAGUGGAAAGAGAAAAGCUCAAUUAUUAUUGAAAUAGGUUAAUAAGUAAAUGGUUGCAUUAAACGUUAUA